GCAGCUAACCAUUCUGACAUUUGCGUCAAACUCCGGCCGAGAUACCACGAUAGUGCUUCCUUGUAUCACUUUAGCUCCCAACGUCGCAUGUGACGGUGCUUCUUUCUAAUACCGACUUCCCCGCGCUAUAGGCACUACCCAGCCUCGUCUCAUGCGACUCAAAUAAAGAUAGAAUUCAACCAGACUCGUGCGACGCCCUUGCCCACCUGCUACUACCAUCAUGAAGCAAUUCCCUCUUGACAAGACGUUCAUUGUCUCCUUGUGGCUAGAGGCCCUGGUAUAUGGUUUCUUUUUAUGUCUGUUUUGUGCCUCUCUGUACGUUAACUUCACAUUGCGCAAGUCGCAAGAUGGCCACAGCAGAGCAAUGUUUUUUGUCGGCAUCGUCUUUUUUAUCAUUGCAACGAUGCAUCUUGGAAUGAACUGUUUCCGCAUGAUUCGUGGUUUCGUCGACCACGUCAAUGACCCCGGAGGCGCAGUUGGGUAUAUUGGUGCUCUCGCUCCCUGGGACCACGUUUUCAAGGACACGCUGUACGCAACACAAGAGAUUUUAGGCGAUGGUGUAGCGAUUUAUCGUUGCUGGGUGAUUUGGAGUCGUGACUGGAGAAUCAUAUUGCUUCCGACGGUGCUAUUCAUUGUCAGCAUGGUCUCCGGUUACAUGGUUUGCGGCCUGUACCCAUCACAAGUCGCUGGUAGCACAGUCUUUGACCCUCGCCUUGCCCGCUGGAUUACCAUCUUCUACGCCGUCGCCGUAGUACAAUCAGCAAUGACGACGGGGCUCAUGGCAUACCGUAUCUGGCACACCGAUCGGCGAUCGUCUGCAUAUCGAACUGCGUCAGGGAAUCUGAUGCCGAUCCUUCGAAUCCUCAUCGAGUCAGCAUCUCUGCAAUUCAUUGUGGAGGCCAUUCUUCUGGCUCUUUACUGUGCCAAUUACAACGCACAGUAUAUCUUGCUAGAGAUUGUUACCCCGCUAGUGGGCAUCACAUUCACUGCUAUCACCAUUCGCAUAACUCUUCGCAUGUCUGGUGCGUUGGACACAAGCCGAGGAGGUAUAUCGCACUCGCAUGGCACAGGCCACGGUACGGAGCCUCAGGUCGCCACCAUCGGGUCUAUGCCCAUGCGACCUAUCGCUGUGAACAUUACAAAAGACAUCGAAGACCAUCAUGAUCCCUCAGUUGAUGAAUUUGCAGAUGUUGCUAUUGAGCCCUAUCAUUCGAAGUUCGACAGGUCUACCACCGGCAGCCUCUAGAAUGUGUGAAUUUCGAGCCCCUUUUCAGACCGUUGUCCUUCCCAUGUGACCCCACGCCGCGACUGGGAUAUACUUUCCCUUUAGGUCUUUCGUCUCUUUCUCAUCGAGGUGUUGCAUUUUAUCCUGGAACAGUUCCCGGAACCACGUUCCUUUUGAGAUGUUCAAUUCUUGCGAUCCUUUUACUUCUCAAAACUUCUGUAUAGUACUAGGCCGCCACUUUUGUAGUAUAGAUACCCAUUGUACUAUUGCCAUUUGCAUGUAGAACUGUCUAUGUCCUCGAGGACGCGGAAGUGCAGUGAAAAUGUACACUGUAUCUAGGACCUACACCCGGUGACGGGAAAUUCUGGAAUAGAAUUAUUGAAUGUAUGCAUAUUAAUGGAU